AUGGCACGGCCGGUUAAGAGGCAAGCACAAGGAGGAGCAGCAGCAGGAGCACAAGAUGACAUUAAGGAGGAACACCUUUUGGCUUUCAUUGUGAAGGACAAACAUGAUGAUGAGAAUGAAUGCAAAAAAAGGCUCAAGGAAUAUUGUGAAGAGUUGAAGAAAGCAGAUGAGAAAUUCAAUGUGAAUGAGAAAGUUAAAGAACUUUGUGGUGCUGGUGAUGAUACAAAACGAGACAAAAAAUGCAAAGACCUGGAUGUUGAUGCAGAAUUGGUAACUUUUGAAGAUGAACUUAAAAAUGCAUUAGCAGAUAUAAAAGAUGAAAAUUGUAAAAAACAUGAAGAAAAAUGUAUACUUUUAGAAGAGACGGGUGAUGAUGAUGUUAAGGAGAAGUGUGUCAAGUUGAGGGAAGGAUGUUACAAAUUGAAGCGUGAAAAGGUGGCAGAGGAGCUUCUUUUCAGGGCGCUCGGAGGGGAUGUUAAAGAUAAAUGUGAACUAAAGAUGAAAGAUGUUUGCCCAGUGUUAAGCCGAGAAAGCGACGAGCUGAUGUCUUUUUGCCUUGAUCCGAGUGGAACGUGUGGAGAGCUGAAAAAAAAAUUGAAGGAUCUUUGCGAGCCUUUAAAAGAAGAGCUUAAAGAUGGCGAAUUAGAGAAAAAGUGUCAUGAAAGACUUGAGAAAUGUCAUUUUUACGGAGAAGCGUGUGAUGGUGCGAAAUGCAAGGACUUUGAGGAGAAAUGCAAGGGAAAAGGAAUCACAUAUAAAGCGCCGGAAUCUGAUUUUAGUCCUGUCAAGCCGAAGGCGUCGUUGUUAAGAAGUAUUGGGUUGGAUGAUGUGUAUAAAAACGCGGAAAAACAUGGGAUUAUUAUUGGAAAAUCAGGAGUGGAUCUACCAAGGAAGUCGGGUACAAAAUUUCUGCAAGAUCUCUUGCUACUGUUGAGCAGAGAUGAGAAUGAUAGGGAUGCAGGGAAGAAAUGCACUAAAGCGUUAGAAAAAUGUGGUGCUUCUAAGUAUUUGAAUACUGAAUUGAAAAAGUUAUGUGAAGAUCAAAAGAAAGACGAAAAAUGCAAAGAAUUACUAAAUGUAAAUGUAAAAGAAAGAUGUACAAAAUUCAAAUUAAAUCUUCAUCUGAAAGGGUUGUCUACGGAGUUUAAAGAAGAUAAAGAAUCAGAACUUUUAUUGUGGGGACAGCUUCCAACCUUUUUUAUAAAAGGAGAGUGUGCAGAACUUGAGUCGGAAUGUUUCUAUUUAGAAAAGGCGUGUACGAAUAAGAUUGAUCAAGCAUGUCAAAAUGCAAGAGCAGCGUGCUAUAAAAAGGGACAAGACAGGAUGUUGAAUAAGUUCUUUCAAAAGGAAUUGAAGGGAAAGCUUGGUCAUGUAAGAUUUUAUAGCGAUCCUAAAGAUUGUAAAAAAUAUGUGGUAGAAAACUGUACAAAACUUAAAGAAGAUAAAAGAUACCUUUCAAAAUGUCUUUAUCCUAAAGAACUAUGUUAUGGGCUUUCAAAUGAUAUUUUUCUCCAAUCCAAAGAGUUAAGUGCGCUUUUGGAUGAUCAAAGGGAUUUUCCAUUUGAAAAGGAUUGUGUUGAAUUGGGAGAGAAGUGUGAUCAACUUAGUAGUGAUUCAUUAUUGAAUUUAGAAAAGUGUAUAACAUUGAAAAGACGCUGUGAAUACUUUAAGGUUACAGAAAGAUUUAGAAAAGUAUUUUUAGAAAGAAAGGAUGAUUCGUUAAUGAUUCAGGAAAACUGUACAAAGGUAUUGCAUGAGAAAUGUAAUACUUUAUAUAGGAGGAGAAAGAAUUCAUUUAGUGUUUCAUGUGCUUUACCAGAAGAAACAUGUAGUUAUAUGGUAUUCCACACAAGUCAAGAUUGUAGUAGUUUAAAAGUCAACAUCAAGAAUGAAAAAAUUCUAGAAAAAAUUGGAGCAAAUGGAAAUGAAGCAACACUUGAAGAACUCUGCACAACAUGGGGCCGACAUUGUCACCAACUUGUGGGGAAUUGUCCAGAUCAGUUGGGAAAAGAAGACAAUGGCAAUAAUCAUAACUGUGAUGAACUCGAAAAAAAAUGCACUGAUACCUUUAAAAAGUUGAAAGCGAAGGAUGAUUUGACUCAUUUGUUGAAAGGCAAUUUAAGCGAGGAAAAAAAAUGUAAAGAAGCAUUAGAAGAGCGUUGCGCUGAGUUGCAAAAGGAUAAUACAUUCAAAAUUCUGCUUACUAAGUGUGAAGCUAAUGCCUUGGGAACUGUUUGCGCGGAAUUAGUUAAAAAAGUAAAAGAGAGAUGUCCUACUUUAAAAACCGAACUGAAUAAAGCGAAAGAUGAGUUGAAGGGAAAGAAAGAUGAAUACGAUGAGCUCAAAAAGGCGGCAGAAAAAUCUACAAAGGAAGCUAAGUUAUUGCUAUCAAGACCUAGACAAACUGUAAUGCCAAGUGCGCAGAAUAGCAGUGGUUCUGUACCAGCACAGCCACCAGCAGCACCAGCAGCACCAGAAGCAGGAUCAUCUUCAUCACCACAAGGGCCACCUUCAUCACCAGAAUCAUCUUCUACAUCAAGUGGAACACCAGGCACAACAGAUGGAACGGCGAAGAAUCCAAAAUUUGGACUCGUUAAAAGAGCAUAUGUAGCUGAAGGAGUAUCAGAAGCAGAGGUCAAAGCAUUUGAUGCAACGACGAUAGCAUUGGAAUUGUAUUUGGAAUUGAAAGAAGAAUGCAAUGCUUUACAACUAGAUUGCGGUUUUAGAGUGGAAUGUCCAGAUACUAAACAAGCUUGCGAAAAUAUAGACACUUUAUGUAAACUGGAACCAUUAGAAAUUAAGCCUCAUCAUACAGAGACGCAAAAAGAAAUCUCAACCACUACGACGACCACUACAACGACCACUACCACGACUACUACCACGACUACUACGACAACAACUACGACAACCAAACCGGGAAGUGGAGGAAAAGUAACAGAAGAGUGUACAAUGAUACAGACGACAGAUACAUGGGUGACGAGUACGUCAUUGCAUACGAGUACGACAACGAGUACGUCAACGGUGACGUCGACAGUGACGUUGACGUCGAUGAGAAAGUGCAAACCUACCAAAUGUACUACUGAUUCAAAGAAAGAGACAGACAAAGGAGGAGAAGAAGAAGAAGAAGUAAAACCAAAUGAUGGGAUGAAAAUAAGAGUUCCUGAUAUGAUUAAAAUAAUAUUGUUGGGAGUGAUUGUUAUGGGGAUGAUGUAA